CGCCAUAUUCUAACGAUCGGUCGGGUUCGGUCCCCAAUAAACUAUUUGUAAACAUAAUCGUUUCAGUUUAAAGUCUCAUUAAACGGAUAUCCUUGCGGCAAUAAACGCUAAACAUCACGCAAUAUAUAGUUUUACUUCCGAAAAGCCAACAGGUUGCGGCUAAUAAUGCCGCGAUCAAGCUAGGAAUCACCUUUGGAAGUUAUUUUAAAUUUUAACAUUAUUGGAUCAUACAGAAUGAGACCUAGAAAGGGAUUACAUCUGCUGCUGACGGCGUUAGUGGUUAGUCUAAGUCUCAGUGAAAUUAAUGGUCAAACCACCUGCAAGAACGGCCUAGGCCGGGUGCUUUAUGAAAGAUUGCCAAACCAGCAACUACAGGGCUACGAUGACGAUGUGGUGAGGGACACGGCGCCACCAUUCCGAGUGCUGGAAAAAUGCCAGGACUUGUGUCUACGUGAUCGUUCUGGCUCAAACAACCUGGUGCGCACCUGCACCAGCUUUGACUUCCAACCAGGCAGUCGAAUCACCUCCUUCGGUGGAAACUCUGAAUAUGAAGAGUCCCUGUGUUAUUUGACCUCCGAACAGGCGGGACCCGAGGGUAUAGGAAGCCUAAUGCUAGUGCCCAAUAGUGUUCACUUUAACGAGAUAUGUUUGACUUCCAGUCGACCGGAGAGAGAGUGCCCUAGUAGAAGGUAUGUCUUCGAAAGGCAUCCCCGAAAGAAACUGAAACUGCCCAUAAGCGAUAUCAAGGAGAUAACGGCUGCUAAUCGAUCGGAUUGUGAGGAUAAGUGCCUGAAUGAGUUCUCCUUUGUUUGUCGAUCGGCCAACUUUGAUUCGACCAUGCGAUCAUGUACACUGAGCAGAUUCACCCGGCGCACUCAUCCCGAACUGAUGGAAGACGAUCCCAACUCUGAUUAUCUGGAGAACACCUGCCUAAAUGCCGAGAGACGAUGCGAUGGCCUGGCCGUUUUUGUCAAGGAGGAGAACAAACGUCUGGGUGGCCCGUUCGAGGUGGACAUAUUCAAUAACAUGACGCUGGAGGAGUGCCAGACCAUGUGCCUGCGGGCCGAGAAAUACUUCUGCCGUUCCGUGGAGUUUGACGAUCAGAGCAAACAGUGUAUCCUCUCCGAGGAAGACUCCAUCUCGCAGAAGGAUGACAUUAGCAUCAGCUCCAGUCCCACACACCAUUUCUAUGAUCUCGUGUGCCUUGAUAAUCAACGAGCCAACGAUUAUCCAGAUAACUCAGUCACCUCGCACCUCUUCUCUAGCGGCCGGCGGCCAGAUACAGCAUUCCAGCGGUACCGCAACUCCAGGCUGGGCGGCGAGUUUCACUCGGAGAUCACGGGCCGUUCGCUUAGCGAGUGCCUGGACGAAUGUCUUCGCCAGACGAGCUUCCAAUGCAGGUCUGCUGUGUACAGCGAUCGUUUUCGUACUUGUCGCCUGAGUCGGUACAAUCAAAAGGACGGCAUGCGCAUUAUAUACGAUGCUGAUUAUGAUUACUACGAGAAUCUAAUGUUGAAUGUUGUGGGCGGUGGCGCCGAUGGCGAUGGUGGUGGGCACAGUGGCAGCAACGAUGGCAAGCGACCCGGAGAUCAGUCGGGCAGCAACUGGAGACAGCCUAAUAAGCACGACGAUCGCUAUGGGUCGGGUGGGUCAACUGGCGGUAGUGGAUCGCACGGCGGGACGGGUUCUGGUGGCUCAAGAUUGCCGCCAGGUGAAGGCGUUGACUAUGGCAGGCCAUACGAUCGUUAUCCGGACUUUGCGGGCAAUGAAUAUGAUCGUAAUCCUUAUGGCGGAGAUCGUGAUAGAGAUCGCUAUCCCCCAGAUCGUUAUGGCUCCAGGUAUCCAUCUGGAGGCGAUGGAAUGGGCUAUAACAGACCCUAUGAUCGUUUUCCUGAUGAUUAUGAUCGGUACCCAGCGGGAGCGGGUGUCAAUGGCGAUAGAGACCGCAAUCGGGAAAGGGAUCGGGAUCGUUACCCAAUGACUGGCGACAGAGAUCGUUAUCCAGGCGCUGGUGAUAGAGAUCGGUAUCCAGGUACUGGCGAUAGAGAUCGUUAUCCAGGCGAUAGAGAUAGGGACCGCUAUCCGGACCCUUAUCCACCGGAGCGUUAUGCAGACAGAUAUGGAGAUCGACGUUAUCCGGACAGGGAAAGAGAUCGUGAUAGGUUGCCCUAUCGGCCACUACCAUAUCCCGGUAUCAAUGACAACAGUCUGGCCAGUGAUCUGCCGCACACACGUCCUUAUCCCACUGACGAUGAUGCCCCCUUCCGACCGUACGGAUAUGGAGGAGGUCGCUACGGAGAAAACAGAUAUGACAGUAGAUAUCCCCCUCGUUUUCCACCUAGCCGCGAACGAGAUCCGGUGGGAGGAUACACAGGCAGAGAUGCUCCCGACAGCAUUUUCCCAGAUAGACGCUACAGGCCUUCGUCCAUGGACUCUCCCAGAUAUCCCUAUUUACCAGAUUCCCGAGGGCCACCGGGAAGAUACGAUGAUAUCGUACAUAGUGCUAGAAGACCAGAACCUGAUUCGGCCAAGAGAUAUCCCCCAGCGCCUAUUGCUCCAACGGGCAGUGCCAGCAAGUAUGCCUCCACUCCAAAUCGAUUUCCGGUAGGUAACGAUCGUUAUCCCAUUGACAUCUAUAAAUAUGGCAAUCGUCCGGGACCCAAUGAUAUUGGCAGACGACCGGGCCUAGAACGUCCACCACCUCCUUUCUAUGAUUACGACUAUGAAGAGCGCUACGGUGAUAGAUACGGACCCUAUGAUCGUGAGUACGACGGUCCGCCGGGAAGAAGACCACCAAGUGGUGGACCCUAUGGGCGGUACGAUAGUCCCUUUAAUCGUCCCUAUGGUGGUAAUGGCCUAGAUGAUCGUCCCCUUCCAUUGCCCGGCUUGGGUCUAUCUCAUCCUCCCACCCCCUAUGGAGGAGGAAGUCACGUAGGUGUCGGCGUGGGUGUCAACUCGGGUCCCCCUCGACCUCCAAUCACCCGGUGCGAGGAGAGCGACAAUUUUAAGCAAAUAGCCGCCAGGCACAAGAUGCGUCGCCACUUUGUCCGACGAGCUCUGAUCGUUCCGAGCCUCAUCCAAUGCGAGAGGGAGUGCAUCGAGAGUCGGGACUUCGUGUGCCGCAGCUUUAACUACAGAGACUCGGCUGCCUCCAGCUAUGAGGACAGAGAUAGGGAUCGGGAUCGCGAGUCGCCAAACUGUGAGCUAAGCGACAGAGACUCGCGAGAGCUGGAUAUCCAUGAUCCGGGCACCUUCGACGCCUCCAACUAUGAUUUCUAUGAGCGUAGCAUUGGACGUAGUGAUGGCGAGUGUAUGGACGUCACGCAAACGUGUAACGAGGAGGGCAUGGAGUUCACCAUCCGCACUCCGGAGGGCUUCUUGGGACGUAUAUACACCUAUGGAUUCUACGAUCGCUGCUUUUUCCGUGGAAACGGUGGCACUGUCAACGUACUGAGACUAAGCGGACCCCAGGGAUAUCCAGACUGUGGCACCCAGCGAUAUGGUGACACGUUGACUAAUAUAGUGGUAGUCCAGUUCUCGGACAAUGUGCAGACCAGCAGGGAUAAGCGCUACAAUCUUACCUGUAUCUUCAGGGGUCCAGGAGAGGCGGUAGUCAGCUCUGGCUAUAUAGGAGCUGGUUCCUUUUCCAGAUCUGGCAGUCCUAUUCCCAUUGAGUACCUACCAGCCGAGAACACGCUAAGUUCCAAGGUGCGCCUAAGUAUCCUAUAUCAAGGCAGACCCACUACCACUAUAGCUGUGGGUGAUCCCCUGACCUUCCGGCUGGAGGCUCAAGAUGGUUACAACCAUGUAACGGACAUAUUUGCCACCAACGUGGUAGCCAGAGAUCCUUAUUCCGGACGCAGUAUCCAAUUGAUUGAUCGCUUUGGAUGCCCAGUAGAUCCAUUUGUAUUCCCCGAAUUGGACAAACUGCGCGAUGGCGACACUUUAGAGGCCCGCUUUAAUGCCUUUAAGAUACCCGAAUCCAACUUCUUGGUCUUUGAGGCCACCGUUAGGUCCUGUCGCGAAGGCUGCCAGCCAGCAUAUUGUCCUGGACCAGCGGGUCGUCAGGAGCCUUCCUUUGGCCGUCGGCGAAGAUCGUUAAACACCACCGAAGUACCCGAACCGGAGGCACUGGCUCUGGAGGGCAACAGCCAACUGGAGGCUUCAGCGUCAGAUGAAGUCACUGUGGUAAAUAGCACCACAGUGAGUGCUACAUUGGGGCAGGCUCCUGGAAAUGAGACCCAAUUGGGUGAUAAGACCAAAGAGACCGAAGAACCUGAGCAAGUUCGGGAAAUGAUAGAGGUCUUUGAAUCCCGCGAGGAAAUCGAGAAGGAAUCAUAUCCACGCAAAUUGGUAGCCCCAGUGGAAACCGUCUGCAUGACUCCGGCCGAGUACCAUGGUCUAAUCACAGCUAUUAUCCUGCUAAUGAUCUUGCUGUUCAGCAUCACGCUUGUGGCGGGAUUGGGAUACAGACGAUACUGGAAAUCCAUAUCUAAGAAUCGACUCGUGGACAGGCACUCGCCAAUUCACUCGCUCGGACACUCCCAUUCCUCCAUACGCACCCAUGAACGCUUUACAGAGAUCGGACAUAUGCCCAACCUGACUGGAGGAGGAGGAGGAGGAGGCGGCGGUGGUGGAGGAGGAGGAACGGGGGGCGGAGCCAAUCAGAGCGCAUCGAAUCGGGCCUCAAACGCUUUUCGCACCAACAUGUCCAUGUUCGGCGGCUCAUUACACAAGACAUUUGCCACGGGAAACUUGGCGCGCAUGUGCCAGCUGCCAGUGAUAAAUCCCAUGCGCUCGACCAACCACACUAGCCACCAGUUCGAGGAUCCCAGCGAGCCCAUCUACACGGAUCCCUCGCUCUUCGAGCGUUCCAGGCAAGUGGUGGGCCACAAUAUAUCUGAUUCGCAAAACAAAUCUCCGACCAUCGUUCGCAACUAUCGUUGCGAAGUCUGACCAUGGUAGCAGAGUCGGAAGACAAUCAGGAGGUCUGAGGUCCAGAAUUCCAUCCUCCUGUGAUUAGUUGUAAAUAAGCUAAAAGGUUCUAAACUCCAGUUAAUCAAAGACAAUCCAAAAAGUAUCCACACGCGAUAUAAUCUAUACGCUAGCUAAAUGCGUGGGACCAAUGAAUAUUCGGUGGUCCAUCAAGUAGCCUAAGAAGUGCACCACUGACCAGUAUCCAAAUAUUAUGAUCUUAUGCUAUUUAAUAUAGUUUAUCUAAGCCUAACAACAGAAAACACAAUUAUUCUCUAUACCAGCUAAGAUAUGAAAUGCAAUAAAGCCUAAACUUAUCCGUA